UUCAGGAAAAGGGUGUACUAAAUGGAGCAGAGAUUAGCCAAUGCGUGGCGUCUCUCUGCGAACGAGAAGAAAUUCAUUGAAACAGCCCUUCUUUCGGAUUUGAGGGUCGAUGGUCGUCGCCCAUUUGAUUACCGUAAUCUCACCAUCAACUUUGGCAAAGAUGAUGGUUCUUCAGAGGUGCAGCUUGGCCAGACUCACGCAAUGGGCUUUGUGACUGCUCAGCUAGUUCAACCGUAUAGGGAUCGUCCUAAUGAGGGCACUCUUUCUAUAUUUACUGAGUUCUCUCCUAUGGCUGAUCCCUCAUUUGAGCCUGGCCGUCCUGGAGAGUCUGCUGUCGAGCUUGGACGUGUAAUAGACCGUGGUCUCCGGGAGAGUAGGGCAGUGGAUAUGGAAUCACUUUGUGUGGUUUCAGGCAAGUCUGUGUGGGCCGUUCGAGUCGAUCUUCACAUUUUAGAUAAUGGGGGAAACCUUGUGGAUGCAGCUAAUAUUGCUGCUUUGGCUGCUCUAUCGACUUUUCGAAGACCUGAAUGCUCACUGGGGGGAGAUGACGGUCAGGAAGUGAUAAUUCAUCCACCUGAGGUAAGUUCUUCAAAAUUCUCUUGGAAUUUAACUUGAAGGGCAUCCUGUUCA